AUGAAUUUGGGUCCGAUCAAUCCUUAUCAGAAUGGACUGAAUUACAUCGGUUUCAAUCAAGAUCAUGGAUGUUUUGCCUGUGCAACAACUACGGGCUUCAGAGUAUACAACUGUGAUCCCCUCAAAGAAAAAGAAAGACAAGAUUUCGAUAAUGGGGGGCUCAGCUUCAUUGAGAUGUUGUUCAGAUGUAAUUAUGUAGCAUUAGUUGGAGGAGGUACCAAACCCUUGUACCCAAAAAACAGAGUUUUGAUAUGGGAUGACCUGAAAAAAACUUCUGCAAUAUGUUUGGAGUUUAGUGCACCAGUUCUAGCAAUUAGAUUAAGAAGAGAUAGAAUUGUAGUAGUUUUGGAAGGUGUUAUAAAAGUGUAUACCUUCACACAGAACCCACAGCAACUCCAUGUCUUUGAAACAAAUUCAAAUACAAAGGGACUCUGUGUACUCUGUCCUAACAGUAAUAACUCUCUACUGGCUUUUCCAGGCAGGAAAACUGGUCAUGUCCAACUGGUAGACUUAGCCAAAACAGAAAAGCCACCAUUAGACAUAGCAGCACAUGAAGCAAAUCUUAGUUGUGUUUCACUGAAUCAACAGGGCACAUUAUUAGCUACAGCUAGUGAUAAGGGAACUCUCAUUAGAGUCUUCAGUACUCAAAGUGGACAGAAAAUUUCUGAACUGAGAAGAGGUACUAAUCAAGCUACAAUAUACUCUAUCAACUUCAACAAAAGUUCUACUUCACUUUGUGUUUCUUCUGAUCAUGGAACUGUACAUAUUUUUGCCCUAGAUAAUCCAAAAUUGAAUAAACAUUCAACACUGGCCAAUGCCACAUUCUUACCAAAAUAUUUCUCAUCAACAUGGUCUUUUUGCAAGUUUACUGUUCCCAAUGGUCCACCAUGUGUUUGUGCUUUUGGUACUGCUGAUAACUCUGUAAUUGUAAUUUGUGCUGAUGGCUGUUAUUACAAAUUCACUUUCAGUACAAAAGGAGAGUGUGUUCGUGAGACUUGUUCCCAGUUUUUGGAAAUGACUGAUGAUAAUUUGUAG